AUGGCCGAGCCCCGUAAGUCCCAGGGGGCCGCCGACGACAUGGCCGAGUGGCUAAAGUCGCGGCAACUCCAAAAACCCGACGACCAACUGGAGCUGCCAGAUGCCGAACUGAACGAGGAAGUCCCUCGUCUGAUAUCCUGCGAUAACCCCAACAAACCUGACAACCUGGUGGAAUACUCUUAUGCAGAACGUACGUUCGUUCCUGUGCCUCCAAUAGGAAACACUGUGGUGCUUCUAGAAUUUCCAGGAACUUGUCUGCACCGCGAAUCGGAAGAAGCAAUCACCCAGUUGAUUGAUUCAGGGCUGACACUAGAGGAGAUCGAGGAAAUGCUGAAUGAGUGGCGCAGGAAGUUGCCGGAGGAAGAUGUCGCUGAGACUGUCGAAGAUGAAGAACAAGGUAAAGAAGCCUGGGAAGAGGAGCAUGUAAGCGAAGAAGACCAAGAAGAAGAUGAAGGCGGCGAAGGUGACACGGAAAAAGAAGAAGCUGCUGCUGAGGUUGGUCCUAAAGCCGGUGAAGGCGAUGAGGAACCUACUGAACCUCCACCCCAACCCGCUCCCAUGCCACGCCCAGGGGCCAAACUCAAAAACCAGUUCAACUUCUGUGAACGAGCAGCCUUAACUUAUAACAAUCCAAGUAGAUCCGUGGAAACCCAGACAAUUCCACCACCUCGUUCCCAGUUCGGAGACAUCUUGUACCAGUGGACAAUCUAUGAUGACAUGGAAGCUGACUUUGAAGCUCAACAAAGAGAAAAGGAGAAAGAAAAGAAAGUUAUACACAGACAUGAUGAAGUCGAGGUACGUGUAGAAGCCCUGAACCCAGCAGAAGUGCUUACUAGACGUAUAUUUGAAGGUUGGAAGGUCCUUGAGAGAAUGAUCAAUCAAAAUACCUUUGAUCACAUAUCACAGGACUACAGAUACUGGGAGGAUCCUGCAGAUGACUUCAGAGAAGAAGAAGGUACUUUGUUGCCUUUGUGGAAAUUUACACAUCACAAAAUAGGCAGACAUACCAUAACCGACUUGUGCUUUAAUCCGAUGUACUACGACUUGUUUGCAGUCACUUUUGGAUCCGUGGACUUCUUAAAGCAACCCGAAGAAGGUGCGUUGGCUCUUUAUACUAUCAAAAACCCAUCUUACCCUGAAUACAUCUGCAUGACAAGACACGGUGCCAUGUGCGUGGAUAUACAUCCAACGUUACCUUAUCUGGUGGUUGUAGGUUUCUUCGAUGGUUCUGUAUCCGUGUACAAUGUACAACUGCCGCCUCCAAAACCACAAUUCAUGAGCGAUGCGGUGAAUAACAAACACUGUGGUAUUAUUUGGGAGAUCAAAUGGGGCCCUGAUAUGCAAGAUGGCGAAAAAAACUUUUAUUCGUGUUCUGGUGAUGGUAAAGUCAAGAACUGGGUGAUGAUGUUAACCGAGUUGAGUGUGACUACAGUGAUAACCCUGUUGAGGUCAUUUGAUAUAAUUCCUGGACCUGAUGGGACAACAAUACCACUCAAAGGGAGUGCCAGUUGCUUAUGCUUCCAUCCAGGUAUUGAAUCCAUAUUCAUGGUAGGCACCGAGGAAGGUAAAAUCCACAAAUGCAGCACAGCCUACUCGGCGUCAUAUCUGCAAACAUACAAUGCUCACACAAUGCCGGUGUAUCGAAUAGACUUCAACAAAUUCAACUCCUCGAUAUUCAUCUCCUGCAGUGGCGACUGGAGGAUAAAAAUCUGGGAGGAUGUUCGGGAAGAUCCAUUAUUCGUGUUCGAUUUAAACUCACCAGUUGGUGAUGUCAAAUGGGCACCUUAUUCGAGCACUGUCUUUGGCGCUUGUACACAAGAAGGAAAGCUUUACAUCUUUGACUUGAAUGUUAACAAGUACAAACCGAUUUGUGUGCAACCUGUAGUAUCGAGGAGGCGUAGUAAGUUGACCAGGAUGGCUUUUAAUCCUAAAUUGCCUUUUAUAAUAUGUGGGGAUGACAAAGGAAACACUUCGACUUUGAAGCUGUCUCCAAAUUUGAGGAAGAUGUGUAAGGCUCCGAAGAAACAGCAAGGUUUGGAUCAGAGGACUAUGCAGAUUGCAAAGUUAGACAAGUUGUUGUCGUUGGUGAGGGAACCUAAUGUGCUGCCCCAGAAGGAUAUUACAAUCACAGAAGAUUCGUAA